CCAUCACCACCACCACCUCCUCCUCCACCUCCACGGGCUACAGAAGGCCCUGAGGGUCUACAAUACCAGGUCUCCCGAGACCCCAGACUCCACCACCACCUCCUCCACCACCACUUCCACCUCCAUGGGCUACAGAAGGCCCUAAGGGGCUCCAAUCCCAGGUUUCCUGAGAACCCACCUCCCACCACCACCACCUCCACCAAUACCUCCACGGGCUACAGAAGGCCCUAAGGGGCCCUUAUACCAGGUUGCCUUUCAGUGCCUUUAUUUAACCAAAGGAAACGCAGCAGGCUUCCUCUUACAUCGACUCCUGUAGAAAAUGAAUUCUGCUCUGCGGUUGACUUUGAUGAUCAGAUUGACUUUGCAGAUUCCUCAUUUUCGUCAGGCAAUGCAGCGUAUGCUGCUCAGAAUCAGAACCAACGGCCCCCUGGACCAAGGCCCUCAGCUGCGGCUGCACAAGGAGGUCAGUGGAACAGGCCAAUGAAGCAGCAGCAGCCUCCGCAGCCCAGCAACCCACCUGUCCGUCACACUGGACCCGUUGCCAGGGGAUACGCCCCCCUGCCUCAUCCUCACAAACCUGCCAACACAUGGUCUCAGCAGAGAGCUCCAGGCAGGCAGGAGGCUCCAGCGCCCAAUCCUCCCCACAGCCACAGCCACAGCCACAGCCAGGGUCUGGGCCAGAUCCAGAUCCAGAGUGGCCCCUCAUACGGCCGAGGACGAGGCCUGCAGCCUGGCCAAGGGAGGGGUGCAGCCACUGGCCAGCAGCAGUCCAGACUCAAGCCCAUGAAUCACCAGCAGCUGACAGUGCAGCAGUCGUUCAGCAGACAACAGGCCCAAGGCCCCACGGGGGCGAUGCAGGGUGCUUCGGGCCCGUCUGGUGGCCCCCGUUACUGCCCUACCCCUGUCCCUGCCUCUGCCCCUGUCCCUGCCCCUCCUGCACCUAAGCCUCAGUCACAGCAGCAGGCACGGUGGCAGUUCAAAGUGUCACCGCGUAUGGGGCAGACAACAAAUAAUCACAAUAACUCCCAUGUCAUGCAGUCCACCCCACAGCAAGCGCGGAUGGGGCAGUCACUUAAUAACAGCACUACAGACUUCUACGGUGCACAGACAACCCAGCCACAAGAGGUUCCGCAAAGUCCAAAGAAAAAAUCAGAAAGUGAGAAGUCUCUCCGGAUCCUUACGUGUGUCAUCGAGGGCAUGAGACACUGGGUCCAGUUCAAGAACAAAGCUCCUAUGCUGUUUGAGAUUUUUGCAUCCCUGGACUCCGCAGUCACUGAUGGGAAGUUUGGUGCCAAGCAUUUCCUCCUGCGGACAGGAAGGGGUCUCGUGCAAUGUGUUUACUACGAGCAUGACCAGGAACUCCCCAAGCUGUUCCGUGGCCUGGUCCACUGCUGCGUGGGGAACUACGACCAGCGUGGCGCCGUCUUCACCUGCGUCUCGGUCCGCCUGGCCUCCCGCCACCAGCAGAAGAACUCCCAGGAGGCCAUCAGGGCAUCGGACGAAGAGAUGCGACAGGUGGUCCAGUCUCUCAAUGAAAUAUGACCAGCGCCAGUCAGAACACUGACUGGACAGUUUGUCAACUAAUUAUUAAAUUGAAUUAUUAUUAUUAUUAUUAUUAUUAAAUUUGGUUGUAACAACUUCUUGCCUGUCUCUGUUGUGUUAAAGUAUUCAUUCUGGAAAGGA